AUGAGCGCUACCACCCCUCCUUAUAGAGAGUUAAUAAAUGAUCUGAUCUCCUUUGACCCUAUUACUCUUGAUGAGGAAAUCGAUCUCUCACCAGAGCUAGUAUCUCAAACUGAUCAAAAUAUCAUACAUGAUCGAAAUGCAGCUGUUCCCAUUGAUUUGCCCAAGGCUCCACCGAUGCCAAUACCUCUCACGCAAGGCUCUAGUAGUCUGUCUGCUGUCUCGUUUAGUCAUGUGGAAUACCAGCCUGAGUAUCCUACCUCCCAUGAGCUAGGGCAUGCUACUGUUAUCAAUUUGAGACAUAUUCAAGGUCUCAGUCGAGAGAAAGUGGUGAAAAUGAUAGGAGAAUUCCAAUACUCUGCUACAACAUUCGGUUCAACUACAACGGUCUUCAAUACAUUCCUAAACUGCCAAACGGAGAAAAAGAUGUAUCAUUGCACUGGUGUUAAAGUAUGCGAGUUUCUUGACCCCGAAAUCAUAGACCUACAUCACUAUAAGGCAGAUAUACCAUUAUUUGUCAAAAUGGAAGAUAAAAGGAAAGAGUUGCUUGCGCAGGAAGUCGAUUCACAACCACGACGACAGAGUCUAUGUUUAUAUACCUCGACCUAUCGCAAAUUCCAAGAAAGGAAGGCGUGUGCUAAUCCCCAAGACUCAUGCUCUUUAGAUAUCGCGGGCAUUUAUGCACCAUACCUCUCAUGCUCAAACCAGAGCUUUGCAUCAGAAGGCCAUUUCUUUUUCAAUCUGAUGUCUAGAGCACGAUCUCUUGAUCUCCAAUUUCCCGAGGACUUAGUUAAUCAAGUGCCACACACACAAACUGAGUCUUGCGCAGCUAUGGAGCAAUGCGUAUCACGUCGUCAGAAAUGCAUGGUCGCACAUCCGCAGGGGAUUGGAAGACUUCAAAAGAUAGGAUGCCGUGUGUAUUUCUGCACUUUCAUCCCUCUUAAUAUUGAAGCACAUCCAUAUGCGAUCUUCUAUUCUAGGGGAAAGCAUACACAUCCUCCUCCACCACCUAAUAAGCCACCACAGCUUAUUCUUGAUGAAGUGAUCACCCUUAUCAAAGAGAUGCAGGGUCCGAAUCUUACAAGCAUCUUCCUAAGGAGCCCUGGUCUUAAGGAGUUCCUUCGGGCAAAUAGAUGGAAAUCUAUUAGUGAGAUACACACUAGUUUUGCGAAUUUCGAUCGGUUCUCUGCAAUCAUCGCAAAGCAGCGAGCUUUAUCGUUCCCGGAAGGGAGAGAUUUCAAUAGUGUUGCUUUUGAAUAUGAGAAUAAACCAGGGUUCCAGGAUUACACCCGUCGAAUCUAUACGGAUGAGAGCUUUGGCACAAUCAUUAUCUGUGGUUUUGAUGCCCAGAUCCGUAUCUUUGGCGAAUUACGCUCUUUCCAGGUCGAUAUGUCAUAUAAACGGGUGAAAGGUGAAUUUAACGAGGUCAUUUUCGCAACGUUCUUACCUACCCAUGGGAAAAUUCUCACUCUCCUCCGUGUAUUUAUGAAUCACGAGAGCCCAAUCGCAUACAAAAUGCUAUUUACCUACGUUUUUAAGCUUAUAGAAGAUGUGUUAGGAACACCUACACGAUUCUAUUAUCUCCAUAAUACUGGGUUUGAAGCAAUUGUUGUUGAUAUGGACUAUAAGCAGAUGAAAGGGCUUGGCUUGUACCUUCAAGAGCAAGGCUUUUAUGAGCGUGACUGGAGAUGGCAUUGUAGAAAUAUUAUCAUUUUCUGUCGUGUUCAUUUUACAAGAACAGUUUCAAAACUUAUCCCUACUCAAGAGGGUGAAAGAUUUCAGUCUGCUCGAACGAGAAUGCUUAGUCUUCUAAAUUGUAUAACAGAAGAUGACUAUUUUCAGCUAAUCCAGUUGAUUAUCGAUUAUGAGCCUCAGCUCCGGGAAUGGGCAGUCCACAAAAGGCACCCUAUUAUUGCGUCAGGGCUUUGUAAGGCUUGUUCUCUUAUAAAGCCCGAAUUCUUUGAGAGGGUUCGUACAUCGAUGAAUGCAGUGGAACAGAGCCAUUAUAAGUCCUAUUGGAUGGGGACUUAUACGUCGCUACUAGGGGCGAUUCAUGGCUCUCGUCUUAUUGAUGAACGUGAUUGCGAACAAUAUGCCGCGCGGGUUGGUUUUGGUAUUAAUAACAAAUACCGAUCUACUGGCGUCGCAACACGUUAUUAUAACCAUUUAAGCUGCGAGACUACGCGAACUAGCCGGAAACGAAGGAGGGAGAGCAUGCAAGUGGAUGAUACAGAUGAUGAGGUUCUUCUCGAGUCGAAUUCAUUAGGGCAUAUUAUUCCUCCUCAUACACCCUCUUGUGGUAGGGGAAGAAGCUCAAGAUCGCAAAGUAGAGCUUCGAGUUCGUCGACUACGCCAAGAUCAACCCCGUCCCGCAAUCUAUCGGUCCUUCGACGUGCUGCUAGUACAAAUCAUCAUACGCAGGCUAACCCUAUUACCCAUCGGGAAGGCAUCAGUCUUACUGAACAGGAACGACGGUAUAGGGCUGAAACGGAUCGUAUAGAGUUGGAGAAUUUGCAAUUGCGUCUAAAGCUUCAGCGUGGAGGGAUAUAG